CUCCGCCCUCUCUUUUGCCUCAAUAUCAAUCGUUUCCUCUGAAUACAUCGACUGAGAACCGGAUCAUUUCUGGUCUCUGCAAUUCAAAAUGGCCACUAUUCAGACGGUCAAUCUCCCUCUCCCCGCUCUGCCUGCGGGCUGGAGCGCCGACAAGGACUUCAAGGCCGUCGGCACCCUCUCCAGCGCUGUCCAGCGUAACGUUGAGCCCGUGGGACCGCACUUCCUCGCUCAUGCUAGACGGAAGCGCCACAACCGUACCUUCUCCGAAGAUGAGCGCAUCACCGCUCAGGAGAACGUUAAGAAGGUCGAGGACGCUGAGGAUGAUGAGAUUUCGGAGCCCGAAGAUCCCCUCAUGCUCUCCAGAGAUGCUAAGGACUGGAAGGGUCAAGAUCACUACGCUGUCCUCGGUCUCAGCAAGUACCGCUGGCGUGCGACUCCCGAGCAGAUCAAGCGUGCCCACCGCAAGAAGGUCCUCCGUCACCACCCCGACAAGAAGACCGCCGCCGGUGCCACCGAUGAGAACGACAGUUUCUUCAAGUGCAUCCAGAAGGCAACUGAGAUUUUGCUCGACCCCAUCAAGCGCAGGCAGUUCGACUCCGUCGAUGAGGCUGCUGAUGUUGACCCUCCUACCAAGAAGGAGGUGGCAAAGGGCAACUUCUACAAGCUGUGGGGACCCGUUUUCGAAUCUGAGGCUCGUUUCUCUAAGAAGCAGCCCGUCCCUCUGCUAGGAGACGAGAAUAGCACCAAAGAAGAAGUCGAAGAGUUCUACAACUUCUGGUACAACUUCGACAGCUGGCGCUCCUUCGAGUACCAGGACGAGGAUGUCCCCGAUGACAACGAGAGCCGUGACCAGAAGCGUCACAUUGAAAAGAAGAACGCCAAUGCUCGCCGCAAGAAGAAGACUGAGGACUCUGCUCGCCUGCGUCAUCUCGUCGACGACUGCCUGGCCAUGGAUGAGCGUAUCAAGAAGUUCCGCCAGCAGGAGCGUGCCGGAAAGGACAAGCGUCGUCUCGAGAAGGAGGCUGAAGCUAAGCGUCUCGCCGAGGAGAAGGAGCGCGCCCGUCUUGAGGAGGAGCGCAAGAAGAAGGAGGCCGAGGAGGCUGCCAAGGUCGAGCGUGAGGCCAACAAGAAGGCCAAGGAGGCUGCUAAGAACGCUGCCAAGAAGAACAAGCGUGUGCUCAAGGGUAGUGUCAAGGAUGUCAACUACUUCGCCGAGUCCGGUGAACCAUCUGCUGCUCAGAUCGAUGGUGUCCUGACCGAUGUCGAGCUCAUCCAGAGCAAGAUUGACAACGAGCAGCUCGCUGCUUUGGCUGCCCGCUUGACCAGCGCUGGCAAGGACGCCGCCGCUGUCAAGGCUGCCUAUGCCGAUGAGGCUAAGAGACUGGUUGCCGAAGGCAAGUUGAAGGAUGGAGAAGUCAAGAUCCUUGUUUAGACCUGCCUGUCUAUGGCGCCUCGUUAUGAUUUAAAAGCAUGACUACAUAGAUAUGUUUUGCCUGAUAUGUGUUUUAUGAGACAUUUGGUUAAGAAAGAAUACUGAGCCAAUCCAUUCUGCAUACGUAGU